AUGUCCAACCGCGCGAUGGAGCCUGGAGCUCCAAACGCAAUUCCUGUCCUCUCUGUCCCGGCAGAAAUAUGGAUCGAUAUCGCGGGCCACCUCGGCUGGCAUUGCCAAUUCGAGCAGAGCUGCGGGUGUAAGAGGCAGCAUGUCUACGGUCGUGGCCAGCGAACCGGUCUCAAGAACCUAUGCCUGGUGUCGCAAACAUUCAGGGCAGUUUUCCAACCUUUCCUUUAUCACCAACUCAAUGUCAGGUUUGUGGUUUCGCUUGGUAACAGGGAGACAUUUCCUGUCGGUGGUCCCAACAGGAUCAAGAACCUUGUUUGGACUCUUUCAGAGCGUCCUGAUCUUGCAGAGCACGUGAAGAGCUUGACCUUCUGUGUACAGUCGAGUAACAUUGUUGCAGCAAGUAAGGUGAUGCAUUUCGUAGGGCAGUUUCCUCCGCUACCCAACCUUGCCCACCUACGAUGGCCUUCCGAUCUGGAAUUGAACCCUGGCGAGACCUUUGCCAAUCAGAAGUGGGAAAAGCUCGAGAGCCUCCAUGUAGGCAACACAUGCGAUCGCGACGGGUGGAAUUCGAAACCUCGGUCAGGCGUCUUUGAGGACCUGGGAGAACUGUACGCGAAGAGCUCUACGAUCACGGCGCUCACGUUCAGACAAAAUUUCGGAGUCAAGCUCGACGAUUCCGGAAUUUGGCGGCUACGCAACGUCACCAAGGUCCACAUGAUUGAUCCAAUGAUUAGCAGUGUCGAGUUGACCCACGUUUUGAAGGGGCUCGUCUCCCUUCAGCACUUUCGAUGGGCUUGCACGGGAGAAAUGAUCGAGUGCGAUGCUUGGCGUGCCUAUCGCGGCCGGGGACAAGCUGUACUCCCGUCUGUACAUGAUCAUCACGGAGUGAAUGCAAACCACUACUGGCCUUAUGUGAGCGACUUGCUCGAAGCCCUGAGUCCGCACCACGGCAGGCUAGAGACCCUCGAUAUCAAUGCCCCCCAGUUUUACAUCUCGCAGCAGCACAUCUCCCGCGGCCAGCGCACCUUUUCCAAGUUCGCCCGCAGCUCCCUCAAGCAGUUCGAAAGCCUCCGGAGCCUCAAGAUAGGCAUCACAUCGAUCUAUCCCUGCGUUCUGCGUCAUUUCUCUUCCACGGCGCGCCUGCCAGAGAUGUGGCAGCCCUAUAUGCAUCGGGACGGGUUCAGCAGCGGCAAAGACAGCAGCAUGUACGCCACCAGCCUGUAUGUCGACGGGCUCCCUCCUCUCCUCGAGGAGCUGACCAUUUCGGAAUACGAGGUGGUCCCAGCCUCCGAGAUGAUAGGCGAGGACCUGCACGGACUUGCGUCGGCAAAGAAGCAGCACCUGCCGAAUCUUCGCAAAGUCACUGUCUCGUUCGUCGACUCGCUGCAAAGCAUCCCGGACGACGUCUUUGGAGCCAAGCCGGCAUUGGCAGAAUUGGGUGUCGAGCUGGUUGCGAACAAGAUCAGUCCCACGUUGAGGGAAUUUUGGCCAGGAAACGAGGACGUGGAAAGAAGUCCUGACGAGUUCACGUGGGCCGAGUAUCAAGCAGCGCAUUUAAUUCUGAACAACGGCGGAAAUGUGAACUCGGUUCGAGACGUGCUUGAGGAUAUAAGGAUCUACGAGCCCGAGGCGGGUCGAGCGGCAGAGGUCUACUUGCAGGCACAAAUGGCAACCGACAUUGUCUGGGGAGGAAAUUAG